GGGAAGGAGUGCUGUUAAACACAGUGGACCUGCGGCUCUGGACAGAGGUAACGCACCACAGUAGUGAGUUUGUGGACCUGAAUUUAAGGAACUUCGGCUGCUGAUCUGUGAAACCUCAACAAACCAUCGCCAUGCGCGUGUCUAUGGUCGUCAUGGUGGGGCUAGUGGGGGUCUGUUGCGCCCACUGGCCAGCCAAGAAGACCUACUCGUACAGCGGAGGGUCCAGGAGAUCGUCAGCGGCAUCGUCAGCAGCGUCGUCAGCAGCGUCAUCUUCCAGCUCCUCCUCAUUUAGUUCUGCUGGAUCCGGUGCUUUAGCAGGAUCUGGUGGUAAAGGCUCUGGCAGUCAUGGUUCCGCAGGCGGCUUAGGGUCUGGUGGUUCAGGAGGCCUUGGGUCCUCAGGCGGCUUCGGUGCUGGUGGUUCAGGAGGCCUUGGGUCCUCGGGCGCCUUCGGGUCUGGUGGUUCAGGAGGCCUUGGGUCCUCAGGCGGCUUCGGUGCUGGUGGUUCAGGAGGCCUUGGGUCCUCGGGCGCCUUCGGUUCUGGUAGUUCAGGAGGCCAUGGGUCGUCAGGCGCCUUCGGUUCUAGUGGUUCAGGAGGCCUUGGGUCCUCAGGCGGCUUCGGUUCUGGUAGUUCAGGAGGCCAUGGGUCUUCAGGCGGCUUCUGUUCUGGUAGUUCAGGAGGCCAUGGGUCGUCAGGCGGCUUCGGUUCUGUAGUUCAGGAGGCCUUGGGUCUUCAGGCGGCUUCGGUUCUGGUAGUUCAGGAGGCCUUGGGUCCUCAGGAGCCUUCGGUUCUGGUAGUUCAGGAGGCCAUGGGUCGUCAGGCGCCUCCGGUUCUAGUGGUUCAGGAGGCCUUGGGUCCUCAGGCGCCUUCGGUUCUAGUGGUUCAGGAGGCCUUGGGUCCUCAGGCGCCUCCGGUUCUAGUGGUUCAGGAGGCUUUGGGUCCUCAGGCGCCUACGGUUCUGGAGGUUCUGGAAGCCAUGGGUCCUCAGGAGGUCGUGGUUCCUCAGGGUUUGCGGGACUCUUCCCUUCUGGUGGCUCCAAAGGCCGUGGAUCAGCUGGUUCUGGAGGCCGUGGAUCAUCGGGAAGCUUUGCGUCCGGUGGCUCUGGAGGUUUUGGUAGUAGUAGUGCUGGAAGCCAUGCAUCGGCUGGCAGUUUCAGUUCUGCCUCCGCCUCCGCCAGCUCAUCCAAAGUGCGUCCUCGACCAUCCAGUGGUGGAAGUUAUUAUGGUAAGUGAGUGCACCAACGGCAACGCCUGCAGCUGGUCUGGAGAGUACUACCCCAGCAUAUUCAACCCUCAGCAGACGUUAGAUGGCUACGGUGAAACAGCGGUAAACAUAACGGAAAAUGUUGCGGUGAAAGAUUGGAUAUUUUUGCUAGAGUUUAACGUUACCCUUGGCAAAUUUUGGAGUAAUUCGUUCUUUAAUACCUGCUGCCUAUGGCAUAGCCGGUGAAGGGUUUCUAAUAUAUAAAACUGAGUAUAUCAUGUAAACCAUGUUCACUUGUUUAAAAGCAGAAGACAACAUUUUGGCGUCCAAAUUUGCUUAGUGCCAGUUCAUCUCUGUACUUGUGAAGUGGAAAUACAUGUAUAAACCUUUUAGUCUUACAGUGAAAAGGAGAAGCUUUGAUAUUAAUUAUUUAAAUAAAAUUACUGUUUGAAA